GUUCCAGACCCCCCGGAGGACCCAGAGCUGGUCAGUAAGCGUAAACAGGGGGUGACCCUGUCCUGGUUCACACCCCUGAGUGACGGAGGCAGCCCCAUUCUGGGUUACAGGGUGGAGAUGAGGAUGGCGGACAGCGCCCUCUGGCUUCCGUGCCAUGCAGAGCCUGUGUGUAACACAGAGUUCUCUGUGGAUAACCUCAACCCAGGGAGCGGCUACAGGUUCAGGGUGGCAGCCAUCAACAGAGCUGGGACUGGAGAACCUGUCCAGCUGCCUCAGAACGUUCAGCUGGGUGAGUUGGCUAUAUGAUGUGCUCAAACCUGAGCCAACAAAGAUAUUUCUAUAUGGCUCUGUCUCAAGCCCAGCUUGUUGAACAACAUAAUUAUAACUUAGCCUAGAUAAUGUAUGUGUUAGUUACAUCAUUUGGAUACAACCCAGGUGAGUCCAAUACAUUUACCAUUGGCAUGAAUUGUAUAUGUAGUGUCCCAUUUAUUGGAAAAAAUAUAUCAAUCAAUCAAUUGUUUUGUUCCACAGAGGCUCCAGUCACAGUGACCCAGCAGUUGGCCUGUCCAGACUUGCAGGAGGGUAAGAUGGCCCGUGUGGAGUGCCAGCUCUCUGCUGAGGGCAGCUCGGUCACCUGGCUCAAAGACAACAAGGAGCUGGAGUUUGGGGUCAAAUACCAGGUCACCAUCGAGGGCAAGACACAAGUGCUGCUGAUCAAAGACUUUGAGUCUGCUGACCAGGGCGUGUACACCUGUGUGGCCUCAGACGAGGCAGAAAGCUCCAUUAAUCUCAACCUACCAACAGGUACAUACUCCCAAACAAGCCAGAAUAUUAUACCAUGCAACUUGGUUUUUCCAUCAGCUCGCAUUUAUUUAUUGUGAAACUCUUGUAAGCUAUUCUCCUCAAACCGAACUGGAAGCUUGGUGGAGAUGUGUUUGUUAUUUGAGGGUUAAGUUAAGGUAAGUUGGUCAGCUAGUUCUAGCAGAUAGUGAUGGUGAGCUCAUUCCUCAAAAAGAUGUGUGGACACACUACUCCUAUCAGAAAAUAAUCUAGUCCUACAGUUAUUUACCACUACAUGAUCAAUAUAGAUCAAGUUCUUAUAGAUGUAGUGUGUGUGUGUGUGUGUGUGUGUGUGUGUUUUGGGGCUGCUAUACUAUAGAUGUUACAGGUGUCAGUUUGCUGCAUAUAACAUUCCAUUGUGACCUGGUUGUAGGUGGAGAUGGGGUUAAGUUGGAGGAGGGGGCCCAGCCCAGCCUUCCUCCUGAGGCUGCCUCUGAGGGUGAUGUCCACGCGCUGUGGGAGGCCCUGGCCAAGAAACGUCGCAUGAGCCGAGAACCCACCCUCGACUCCAUCACUGAGCUGCCUGAUGAGGAGGACAAGGAGCCCAAAACACCCAAGGAACCAGUCAAGGAGAAGAAAGCCCCAGAGAAGGUGAACGAAAAGGAGAAGGAGAAGGUUGUGGAGCCUGUCAUCAUCGCAAAGAAGAAGGAUUUGGAUACCAACCUGCACACCAGCUCUGAGGAUGAGUCCAGGGCUCCAACGCUGGUGUCCCACCUGAAGAAGAGCAGCAUGUCCUCCCUCUCUGUGUCCAACCAGACAGAGUCCAUCUCAACUGAGAAGUUAUAUGCACAGUUUGAGGUGAAAGAGCAGACCUCAGUGCAACAGACCUCAGUGCAACAGACCACUGUCCUACAGACCUCAUCUUCGGGACAGCAGAUCACAGCACAGACCACAAAGAUCACUGAGUGUAGUAAUGAGGAGGAUGAAGAAAAGGGGCUGCUGGAUGCUGCUGUCAAGAUCCAGGCUGCCUUCAAGGGCUACAAGGCCCGCAAGGAUAUGUGUCCAGUCUUCAAGGACGUCUUCAAGGACCAAACCAAGGAGCCCAAUGGCACCAUCCACCUGGAGUGUGUGGUUGAGGGCAAGCCCGACAAGGUGCGCUGGCUGAAGGACGGCGAGCCCCUUGCGGACAGCAAACACCACCACAUCGACAUCUACAAUGAUGGCACCUGCUCUCUGGUCAUCACCGCCGUUACCACCAAGGACACGGGCAUCUACACAUGUGAGGUCACCAACAAGUUCGGGAUGACCAUCCACAGCGGCAAGGUGACAGUAGGCUCGGCACGGGAGGCAUCUGGAAGAAGGCCCCUGACCAUGGGCUACAGCGCCGACAGCGAGGCAGACAGCUCGUCGGCAGAAAGCGAGAUCGAUGAGUCUUUGAGGCAGGCCAGCAAACGGCUGCGCCGCCUCCUCCGCACACACCUGCCGGCCACGUCGGAGGAGGAGUCAUUCGUCAGCUGUGAUGAUGAGGCUGAGCUGCAGGCCCCCGACCCUAAAUCGUACCGCGAGGACGAGCGCUACAUCUACAUCCGCUUCGACACGCGGUCUGAGGCCCAGGUGGCGUCUCUGCACUUUCAGGAGAUGUUCACGGCCCAGGGGAUGCCUGUGGAGACCACCAUUCAGGAGGCUGGACCUCUCAAAGUGGAGCUGCGCAUCAUGAAGAUGGGAUACAACAAAGAUGGCUCUGCAACACCCACACAGGAGAAGCAGCUGCCCACGUUCAUGACAGGAGCCCCGGGUAGGAAAACCAGAGAGUAGGGGAGAACUGGGACGAAAGUAACACUUUUAGUAUUUUUUACUAAUUACUCAGAGUUCGAUAGACCUAGAGACACCACAUUUUAUUACAAACAACUUAUAUAUAUCCUCCACCAUUAGCAACUGUAAUUUCAUUUCUAGGGUAAAUCAGUUCAAAUUAAAUAGACAGAGAACAGAACUACCGCAAUGUUACUUUUGUAUCUGCCAGCGGGGCGGGAGUAACAGCCUUGGGAUGGAGGUAACAGCUGGCAACAAGUGCACAAUCUGUCUGAUCUCCAUGUUUCUGGUUUGUAAUGCUCGUUCCUUUCAACAAAUGUACUAUCAGCCAUCAUUUCCUGUUUGUAUCGAUUUGAAUAAUUCGUGUUCUAGGUUUGAAAUGUAUGAAAAUGAACCAUGCGUCAACAUCACAAUGUUGCGCAACCACAGUAUUUUGCUUUAAAAUAUUAAUCGGACUAAAAUGGAUCACAUAAUAGCUAUAUUAGGCAUCAUUUCAUAAUCUCACUUUAAUCCAACUGGAGUGUAUGGCGGAGGAAAAGCCUUACAAGGUGCACUGGCUGAAGGACGGCGAGCAACCAAUCAGGUGCGCCCCAGAUGUCCUUUUCGUGCACGCUCCUCGUGUCUUGAUUGAAUGAUUGUUUUGAAUCUCUUCCCAAACGUCAAACUCAUCAUGAUUAUCACAUUUCUAUGGCUUGACACAAGGUAAUUGACCCCCAGAGUCAUUAAGAUAUUUAUUUUUAACCACUCUAACCCGUCGAUAAAAGCUUAUGUGAGAAGCUGAUCCAUCAAGUCAAUUGAUUAAGGCAUAAUUCUAUUGAUGUCAUAUAUCAUUUUCAAACAUUGUCACUAGUUCAUAUUUUUCCAACAUUAUAAAGGCAUUAUGAACUAGAGGAGACAACUUAAACUUUUGUAUUUGUUUUAUUCCAGGUCAUCGGUUAACAUUGUGUUACUUUUGUCCCACCCCCGUCUCUCCUAUAGUUUCUCGCAGGCUAACACCCAAGAAUAGCUAACAUAAUACUUGAAACCUAUGCUGUCAUUUAGUUACUAGAUGGGUUAAGAAAAUGACAUAUUUUUGGAACCUUAAACAACUAAACACAACUCUACAACCGAAAAACCCUUCAAUUUAGUUUUUCUUACAUCGCUCAAAAACACUUUUUGUUGAUAACUUGACGAAACAUGGUCGGACUGGGCAGUUUUUCUGCAGGGAGCACGCCCUCUGCAUUAGGAACGUGCUGACUUCACUACGUCAUUCUAGCUUCUGUGUUAUCUGAGAAAAUGGGUGUGUUACUUUCCGCCUUGUUACUUUCGUCCCGGCUCUCCUUUACUCUCUCUGUACAUACUGUAUUAGAUCAUUUGAAAAUAAUUUGGAAUUAAAUAGUAAUUUGAUGUCUAUUAAAUUCAAUAAUGUUGUAGCCCAUUCCAUUCAGUAUGAAAAAUUAACAAGUUAAAUCACAAAAAGACUGUAAUUCAGGAAAGGUCAUAUUGAUUUGAAGUCAAUCAAUGUAUGACAUUGAAGUAGUGUUUAUUUUGCUUGAAUAAUAUAAUUCACAUUUCAAUGUGUUUUCAUUCCCCAAAAAAUUGCUUUCGCUUGUUAGCAAAGUAUUCAGACCGCUUGACUUUUUCCACAUUUUGUUACGUUACAGCCUUAUUCUAAAAUUGAUUAAAUUGUUUUGUCCCCUCAUCAAUCUACACACAAUACCCCAUAAUGACAAAGCAAAAACAGGUUUUUAGAAAUUUUCGCAAAUGUAUUAAAAAUAAAAAAACGGAAAUAUCACAUUUACAUAAGUAUUCAGACCCUUUACUCAGUACUUUGUUGAAGCACCUUUGGCAGCGAUUACAGCCUCAAGUCUUCUUUGGUAUGACGCUACAAGCUUGGCACACCUGUAUUUGGGGAGUUUCUCCCAUUCUUCUCUGCAGAGCCUCUCAAGCUCUGUCAGGUUGGAUGAGGAGCGUUGCUGCGCAGGUCUCUCCAGAGAUGUUAGAUCGGGUUCAAGUCCGGACUCUGGCUGGGCCACUCAAGGACAUUCAGACUUGUCCUGAAGCCACUUAGGGUCGUUGUCCUGUUGGAAGGUGAACCUUCGCCCCAGUUUGAGGUCCUGAGCGCUCUGGAGCAGGUUUUCAUCAAGGAUCUCUCUGUACUUUGCUCCGUUCAUCUUUCCCUCGAUCCUGACUAGUCUCCUUGCUGCUGAAAAACAUCCCCACAGCAUGAUGCUGCCACCCCCAUGCUUCACCGUAGGGAUGGUGCCAGGUUUCCUCCAGACGUGACACUUGGCAUUCAGGCCAAAGAGUUCAAUCUUGGUUUCAUCCGACCAGAGAAUCUUGUAUCUCAUUGUCUGAAAGUCUUUAGGUGCCUUUUGGCAAACUCCAAGCAGGCUGUCAUGUGCCUUUUUUAUGUCCAAUCAAUCAAAUUUACCACAGGUGGACUCCAAUCAAGUUGUAAAAACAUCUCAAGGAUGAUCAGUGGAAACAGGAUGCACCUGAGCUCAAUUUCGAGUCCCAUAGCAAAGGGUCUGAAUACUUAUGUAAAUAAGGUAUUUAGGUUUUUUAUUUUUAAUACAUUUGUUAAUUUCUAAAAACCUGUUUCCACUUUGUCAUUAUGGGGUAUGGUGUGUAGAUUGCUGAGGAUGUUUUUAAACAUUUAAUCCAUUUUAGAAUAAGGCUGUAACAUAACAAAAUGUGGAAAAAUAAAUGGGUCUGAGUACUUUCCUAUUGCACUGUAAGUCUGUACUUGCUAAAUUAAUGUUUACAAUAUCCUCAUCUAGCCUUUUAUCCUGCUUUUCCUUGAGUGUUCCAUGUGAUUACUAUAGUACCUUGUCUGUCUUUGUGUGUGGCUUAAUGUUAGUUUUCUCUUGCCAAAAAGUAUGUAUUUCAGUCUUGUUAGUGUAUGAUUUCUUUGGUAUGUUUGGUUGGAUGUAGUGUUUUUAUGUCCUCACAUGAAUAUUUUUUAUGACCGGUAUACUCCCACACCAUUCUGUUGUUGGAGUAUGCCCACACCAUUCCAACACAGAAAAGCUACUUUUUAACAUACUUAAUUAAACAUUUUUGGAAGGGGAAGGUAUUUCACUCAUAUUGUAAUUAAUUAUAGGUCAUACAGUAUUUUAUAGAAAUCUUGAAACACUGGACAGUUAUUUUAAACUCCUGCAUAAUUAUAAAAACUCCUAACUUAUUUUUGUGCAUAACUGAUUGCCCCUCUCCUCUGUCCCUGUCCCUCCCCCAGCGGCCCCAGUCUUCCUGACCGAACUCCAGAGCCAGGACGUGCCUGACGGUAACCCGGUCAGCUUCGACUGCGUGGUGAUCGGAAAGCCUCCACCCAGCGUGCGUUGGUUCAAGGACGGGAAGCUCCUGGAGGAGAAUGACCACUACAUGAUCAACGAGGACCAGGAGGGCUGCCACCAGCUGAUCAUCACCACCGUGCUGCCUUCUGACAUGGGUGUCUACCGCUGCAUGGCCGAGAACACCAGUGGCAUCGCUUCCACUAAGGCCGAGCUCAGGGUUGACAGUGAGUACAGAACAUAUUAGAUUGAUUGAUUGGUUGGUUGAUUCAUUGAUUGAUUGCAAGUCAUUGUCUAAUACAUCUCUCUUUCCUCAGUGUCUUGCAGCUCAGACUACGAUACUGCAGCUGAUGCCACUGAGACAGGCUCCUACAUCAGUGCCAAAGGCUACAUGUCUAGGUGAGUGAGACAACCCAGCUUACAAGGCCUUUGAUUUUGACUUCAACCUUCUUUACAAUGGAAUCCUGAUUCCUAAUAGUACCUUAAACGUUUCACUGGUCGUGUUGCUCCUUUACUGACAGCUUUACUCUCUGGCUAUCUUCUCCCCUCAGGGAAACCGAAGCGUUUGAGUCUGUGGCAGAGGAUGAGCAGAUGCCACAAGUACUGGAUGAGCUCCAUGAUGUGCAUGUCAGCCCAGGCUCACCCAUCGCUAAGAUGCAGCUGAAAGUCAAAGGUUGGUCUGUGGGUUACUCUCCACCACUUCUGCAUUAGUCACACCAAAACCCUGUUAGACUACAUUGUCUCUGCACAGGAACUUCAGAGGUCCAUUCCAUAACUUAAAUAGAGAGGAAUUUACUAUAGCCAUGUUUACCUAGACCUGAUAGUACCCUUAGAGGAGCUAAGAUAGCCAAGUGAACACUACUGCCCCCACGGCAGGCAAGUCAGAGGCAAUACAGUUAUUUGUUUACUUUCUGUUGAUAUUUCCCAGGUUUCCCCACGCCCAGAGUGUACUGGUUCAAGGACGGCAUACCGCUGCGUUCCUCAGACAGGAUCCUGCUGCUGGACAAGAGAGACAUCCACAGUCUGGAGGUCCUGGAGGUGAAGAGGGAGGACACAGGAGAGUACUCUGCCUACAUCAGCAAUGCUGCUGGAUCAGCAUACUCCUCUGCUAGGCUACUGGUUCUGGGUAGGUCUACUCAUGACUGAAAGGUUUAUGUUGAGAGGGAUCCCUGUCUUCUACUUUGGAUAAAGUCUUCAGUCUACAUUGCGAUAUGCAUGUUAUUUUAUACACAACACAACAUUCUUGUAUUUACUGAAUAAUUCAUGGUGACCCUCUUUCAACAGGUCCAGGAGAGCUCACACCUGUAGAAAAGCACGGUAUGUAAUUAUCAUUCAAUAAUAUCAAUUGAUUCAUUCUUAUAAUUAAUAAUUAUAAUAAUUGGUCAUUUAGCAGACGCUCUUAUCCAGAGCGACUUACAAGAGCAAUUAGGGUUAAGUGCCUUGCUCAAGGGCACAUCGACAGAUUUUUCACCUAGUCGGCUCGGGGAUUAGAACCAGCGACCUUUCGGUUACUGGCACAACGCUCUUAACCACUAAGCUACCUGCCGCCCUUAUGCUGUUACCUAUAUUUUGUACAUUUGACAUUUUAGCAGACGCUCUAAUCCAGAGCAAUUUAUUGGAGCAAUUACAGUUAGGUGCCUUGCUCAAGGGCACAUUGACAGAUUUUUAAUCUAGUCGUCUUAGGGAUUCGAACCAGCGACCUUUGGUUACUGGCCCAACGCUCUUAAACGCUAGACUACCUGCCGCCCCAAUAACAUGUCACACUGUUCUGAAUUGUGAGCUAUGUGAUGAUGACCCUGUUCUGCAUCCAUGUUUUACUUCCUAGAUCCCAAGAUGCCUCUGGUGCCGCCACGGUUGCUGGAGAAGUUCAGCAACAGGAAGGUGAAACAGGGAGCUAGUGUCACCCUGUCAGUCAGCGUGGAAGGUACUGUAUCCACAACACUGUUCUCUUUUGCCAGGACCAGAAUCAGUGUCAUAUGAGAGAUAAGCUUCCAUAAAGGAUAUGGUCAUUCAUCAUACAAAAAUACAUGCCAGUCCACAGACUGCUGUUAGGAGAGACUAUUCAUCAUACAACAUGCAUGUGAAUACCCAAGUCCCACUAUCUUCCUCACCUCUCCAAGGUUCUCCCACCCCCAUGGUGACGUGGCUGAAAGAGGAGUCUGCUGAGGACGUGUUGUGGAUCAAGCCAGACACUAAGGGCUAUAAGGUGGCCAGCUCUGGGCGCCAACACAGCCUCAUCCUCAUGGAUGUGGGUUCUGAGCACGCGGGCACCUACACCUGCAUAGCCACCAACAGGGCCGGACAGUCCAUCUGCACUGCCCACUUUGCCGUAGAGGAUGGUAAGAAACUUGUUUGUUUGUUUGGAUCCCCAUUAGCUGUUACAAUAGCAACAGGUAGUCUUGCUUGGGGUCCACAAUACAUAUUAUGGAAUAGGAAAACAUACUGACACAUGCUUUUAUAAUCAUACAUAAUAAAGAUAAUAAUGUAGUACAUGUGGCAGACAGCAAGUUCUAAUGUGAAACAUUCCUAAUGUAUUAUCUGCUUUCUGUCGUAGCGUCACGACCCAAGGAAGAGACCAAAAUCCCUCUGGGUAUUACUAUCAGCCCUCCAGAGGAGGAUGCUGGCAGAAAAAUGCCUUAUCUAGGUGAAGUUGGAACAGAAGAGUUUCUUAUGAAGCUCACCUCCCAGAUCACAGAGAUGGUAUCUGCCAAGAUCAGCCAAGGUGAGUUAAAAUGUGUCACGGACUAUUCCAUCAAAGCUCCAAAAUAGGGGACAGUGAGAACAUUUUCCUAUUCAAUUUAAAUAAAUGUUCUUCCUGUCACGAUCGUCUAAUGAGGGAGACCAAGGCGCAGCGUUGCGGGUGAACAUAUUAUAUUUAUUCAACUGAUCACACGAUCAAAACAAAGAACGAAACGUGAAGUCCUUCGAUACACAACCAAAAGGAACAAGAAACCACAAAACACAAAGUGCAAGACAAACAGUUAAAUAUGGCUCCCAAUCAGAGACACCCAGCUGACACUCGUUGCCUCUGAUUGGGAGUCACUCAGCCCAACAUAGAAAAUUAAACAUAGACUUACACACCCUGGCUCAACAUAACAUAGUCCCCAGAGCCAGGGCGUGACAGUACCCCCCCCCAAAGGCGCGGACUCCGGCCGCGCCAAACAACCACAACAGGGGAGGGACCGGGUGGGCACUCCGCCUCGGCGGCGGAUCCGGCUCCGGACAUGACCCAGGCACGGGUUGUGCUGGACUGACGACGCACACCCCUGGCUUGAUGCGUGGAGGAGGAACGGGCCGGACCGGGCUGACGAAGCGCACCCCUGACUUGGUGCGGGGAGCAGGAGUGAGCCGGACCGGGCUGACGACGCACACCACUGACCCGGUGCGGGGAGCUUGGACGGGCCGGACCGGGCUGGCGACGCGCACCACAGACUUGGUGCGGAGAGCAGGAACGGGCCGGACAGGGCUGACGACGCACACCACUGGCUUGGUGCGGGAAGCUUGGAUGGGCCGGACUGGGCUGGCGACGCGCACCACAGACUUGGUGCGGAGAGCAGGAACGGGCCGGGCUGGGCUGUCGACGCACACCGUAGGCUUUGUGCGUGGAGCAGGGACAGGCCGGGCUGGGCUGUCGACGCACACCACUGACUUGGUGGGAAUGGCAGGAACAGGCCGGGCUGGGCUGACGACGCGCACCACUGACUUGGUGGGAAUGGCAGGAACAGGCCGGGCCGGGCUGACGACGCGCACCACUGACUUGGUGGGAAUGGCAGGAACAGGCCGGACCGUACUGGGGACACACACCACUGGCCCCACGCAGGGAUCAGGAACGGGCCGGACCGGACUGGUAACACACCCCAGUACCUCUCGCCGUGCCUCCACACUUUCCCUCUCCUCUGUGCCCAGUGGCCCCCCUAACCUGGCGGCCUUCUCUGCCAACGCUUUGCACCGCUCUAACCCGUACACCUGCUGGCCCGACGUCGUGAGCCCCCCCCUAAAAAUUUCCUGGGGGUCUCUCCUCCCUCUUGCCAGACUCGCAAUCAUCUCCUCCCACGUCCAUCCUCUCUCCUCGUCCCGCUGCUUGAUCCAGUCGAGGUUGCCACGGAGAUCUGCCAGCGAUGGCUCCUGAACACGCUGCUUGGUCUGGUUAAGGUGGUUUCUUCUGUCACGAUCGUCUAAUGAGGGAGACCAAGGCGCAGCGUUGCGGGUGAACAUAUUAUAUUUAUUCAACUGAUCACACGAUCAAAACAAAGAACGAAACGUGAAGUCCUUCGAUACACAACCAAAAGGAACAAGAAACCACAAAACACAAAGUGCAAGACAAACAGUUAAAUAUGGCUCCCAAUCAGAGACACCCAGCUGACACUCGUUGCCUCUGAUUGGGAGUCACUCAGCCCAACAUAGAAAAUUAAACAUAGACUUACACACCCUGGCUCAACAUAGUCCCCAGAGCCAGGGCGUGACACUUCCACUAUUCAUGUGGAUUUAAGGUAAAGUAAAUGCCUUUGUGAUUUGAUUUGAAUUUAUUUUGAAUUUAUGUGUUUCCUUUAAUUUGCCUCUAGUUACUUAUAGAAUAGGUCAUUUAAAAUUAAUAUUUCCAAUUUAAUAUCUGGGAAAUAAUGGUGGAAUACUCCUGAUGUAUUAGAAAGUUUGCUGUGUGUGCUUUUAUUGCAGGCAAAAACAUUUGCAUUUGUACAUCUCUGGUAAUACAGAGUAUGUUCUUAUACUGUUUUAUAGCAUAACAAAAAUAUAUACAUUGCCGUUGAUGAAGUCUAUAUUCAAAUUGUAUAUAUGCAUUGCCUUUGUAAUUUUAUAAUUCUGUCAUAAACACUAAGUUAUUUAUGUCAUGUUAUGACAAGUUACUCUUAUCCCACAUGCAGUCCAUCAGCCACAGGGCCAGCUAACAUGCCAACAUUCGUUGGAUACAGCUGCACUGCUGCAUCAGUGGAUAUGUCAGUUCCUAAUAGAGGGUCAUGCAGGCUUUAAGAACAACUCAAAGAAAAUGUCAUGCACAUUACCUCUCGCUGCCAUUUCCUUUAAGUGUUUCUAUUAUCAACGAUGCCUUUUUCUCUUUCUUUGCACUCACUAAUGCUUGUUCUGCAUGUGUUUUGGUCCCCUAUGACUGUCAUGUCUUCAUUUCAUCAUCCUUCACCCCUCCAUCCAUCCAUUAAUUCACUCACAUGCUCUCAUCCAAUCGUUAAUUUGUUAUUCAGACAACGCACAGAACCAUCAAGUGCUCCAGUGGAUGAAAUCAUGCCCCAAAGCUUCCAGUAUGUAUCUACAGUACAUCAAGAUCUCGGUUACUCUCACUAAAAGCCAUACAUUAUUUCCACAAGUUAGUCAGUGUCACUUUUGAUCUGUUUCUUGACAUUGAAGCUUAUGUUCUGUUCUCUUCUCUGCAUCUCUCUCUACCUGUCUAAAUUGGAUUUAUUUAAUUUAAAAGAGGAGUACUUGUCAUGAAACAACAGGGGUUUGAAAAUGACGUCCCUCUGUUCAUGUUGCACGACAGUGAGGAUAUCUUGUCUAUCACCUGAUGUGAUGACUUGUGGAAACAAUGUACUGGAAUUAUUCUUAGUCUAAGAUGGCAUUAAGAUACAGUAUUUCACAGUUGAAGACAGUUACACGUGUAGACAUUUUGAGACAAAACGACCAGGAUUCCAUUGUAAAGUGGUGGACAAAGCUGUCAUCAAAACAGUUCCAUCAUUCUGCUGCCAUAUCAGUAUAUACUCCCGAGUGGCGCAGUGGUCUGAGGCACUGCAUGGCAGUGCUAGCUGUGCCACUAGAGAUCCUGGUUCGAGUCCAGGCUCUGUCGCAGCCGGCCGCAACCGGGAGACCCAUGGGCGGCGCACAAUUGGUCCAGCGUCGUCCAAGGUAGGGGAGGGUUUCCCACGGGGGGCCAGUAUGAAAAAAACAAAAACAGGAUAAGAGCGUCUGCUAAAUGACUAAAAUGUAAUAUGAUGAAGAAUCUAUAUACAGUGCCUUGCAAAAGUAUUCAUACCCCUUGGUGUUUUUCCUAUUUUGUUGAAAUGCAACCUGUAAUUUAAAUUGAUUUUUAUUUGGAUUUCAUGUAAUGGACAUACACAAAAUAGUCCAAAUUGGUGAAGUGAAAUUAAAAAAAUAACUUGUUUCAAAACAUUAUACAAAAUAAAUGACGGAAAAGUGGUGUGUGCAUAUGUUUACACCCCCUUUGCUAUGAAGCCCCUAAAUAAGAUCUGGUGCAACCAAUUACCUUCAGAAGCCACAUAAUUAGUUAAAUAAAGUCCACCUGUGUGAAAUCUAAGUGUCACAAGAUCUGUCACAUGAUCUCAGUAUAAAUUCACCUGUUCUGAAAGGCCCCAGAGUCUGCAACACCACUAAGCAAGGGGCACCACCAAGCAAGACCAAGGAGCUCUUCAAACAGGUCAGGGACAAAGUACCGAUCAGGGUUGGGUUAUAAAUAAAUUGCUGCCAAGCUCAAUAGCGGAGAUUGGAGUAUCUGUCCAUAGCACCACUUUAAGCCGUACACUCCACAGAGCUGGGCUUUACAGAAGAGUGGCCAGAAAAAAACAUUGCUUAAAGAAAAAAUAAGCAAACAUGUUUGGUGUUCACCAAAAGGCAUGUGGGAGACUCCCCAAACAUAUGGAAGAAGGUACUCUGGUCAGAUGAGACUAAAAUUUAGCUUUUUGGCCAUCAAGAAAAACGCUAUGUCUGGCGCAAACCCAACACCUCUCAUCAACCACAGAGAACACCAUCCCCACAAUGAAGCAUGGUGGUGGCAGCAUCAUGCUGUGGGGAUGUUUUUCAUCGGCAGGGACUGGAAAACUGGUCAGAAUUGAAGGAAUGAUGGAUGGCGCUAAAUACAGGGAAAUUCUUGAGGGAAACCUGUUUCAGUCUUCCAGAGAUUUGAGACUGGGACGGAGGUUCACCUUCCAGCAGGACAAUGACCCUAAACAUACUGUUAAAGCAACACUCAAGUGGUUUAAGGGGAAACAUUUAAAUAUCUUGAAAUGGCCUAGUCAAAUCCCAGACCUCAAUCCAAUUGAGAAUCUGUGGUAUGACUUAAAGAUUGCUGUACACCAGUGGAACCCAUCCAAUUUGAAGGAGCUGGAGCAGUUUUGCCUUGAAGAAUGGGCAAAAGUCCCAGUGGCUAGAUGUGCCAAGCUUAUAGAGACAUACCCCAAGAGACUUGCAGCUGUAACUGCUGCAAAAGGUGGCUCUACAAAAUAUUGACUUUGGGGGGGGUGAAUAGUUAUGCACGCUCAAGUUUUCUGUUUUUUUGUCUUAUUUCUUGUUUGUUUCACACACAAAAAUAUUUUGCAUCUUCAAAGUGGUAGGCAUGUUGUUUAAAUCAAAUGAUACAAACCCCCAAAAAAUCAAUUUUAAUUCCAGGUUGUAAGGCAACCAAAUAGGAAAAAUGCCAAGGGGGUUGAAUACUUUCGCAAGCCACUAUAUACGUGAUCAAAUAUCUUUCCCUUUGUUUUUGCACUCCAUGAUAUUUAUUUGAUGCAUUAGUAGAAUACGUUUUUGUAUUGGCUAAGCAGUUAACUGUUAUUACCUGAGCAUAUGAUUCAAAUGGCUUUUAAGUGAUAUACAGCAUAGCAUAUCCUGUAGCUGUAAUACAUGCCUACACUCAGACAUGUAUGGACAGAACUUAAGACCACACGUCUUAUUUGUACAGUAUCUUAUGCAUGCAUCUAGAAAACUAACUAGUUUGUAAUAGUGAAAACUAUUAAAUCAAAUGACUUGUGCAGUAGCAGCAAAACUGUUGAUGGCACUAAUGUGUAGCUUAGCUAACCUUUUGAGAAAUCUUAAUUAUUUGUGCUGACUUAAAAAGAAACAGUUUUGACAUUUCUAAUAAAAUAUAAAAUAUCCACCUCAUUUUUUGGGUCAAGAAGCCAAAGCUACACAUUCCAAGUGGUCUGUGGGUAUUUCAGUGCCCAAUUCCCCAUUUCUGUGAAUGUGUGUACAGGAUAUAGGCCUAUGUCUAUACUGUGUUAUGUGGAGAUGUGUGUGUGUAUUGUAUUUUCUCCUGGCUGUCUCCCUCUGAACCCCCCCCCCCCCCCCCCCCCCCCCCCCCCCCCCCCCCCCUCCUCCCCCUCACUGCCCCAGCCUCACUACGUGUCCCGGGAGGCGAUAGCGACGAUGAGACCAAAACACCCUCCGCCUCGCCCCACCACGGCCGUUCUCGCCCCGGCUCCAUUCUCGCAGACUCCUCCUCUGAGUCUGAUGACCCUGAUGCCAGGGGAGAGGUAUGGAACCAUAGAAAUAGAAUGCGUCAUUCCAGUUCACUCAUUCUGAGUCCUCUCUAAUGACACUGGAAUGGGUCUAUUUUCCUUCAAGUUUUUUCUCUUUCUUAUUUUUUGGCUAUAGAAUACUUACUUGACUUAUUCCAUUUUAGCUCCUAGUGCAGCAAAGAGCCUCAACUGGCCUGCAUCUCCAGCUAACCCAAUUCUGGGCAAAUGUCUUAUAAAUACAAUUAUGUUUUUCAUCCAAGUCACUCUGCCAAUGUGAGCACUUAUAAGCAUGUUAGUUAUGACUUUGUCUGAUGUCCUCCUCCUUCUACAGAUGUUUGACAUCUAUGUGGCUACGGCUGACUACAACCCCACCAGCCCCAACAAAGAGACCAUUUCCCUGAAGGAGGGCCAGUAUGUUGAGGUUCUGGACUCAGCACAUCCACUCAAAUGGCUGGUCCGGACCAAACCAACCAAAACCACCCCAUCCCGCCAGGGCUGGGUCUCACCUGCCUACCUGGACAAGAAACUCAAGGUGUGUUUCAAGAUCUAAGUAAUUGAUUUAGUACCAAUAGUGUACAUCUACCUCUCCCUGUUUCCUGUUAAUUCGAAUCUACUCUCUUGCCACUAUUUUUGUUAAAUGUUAUUAUGUUCUUAAAGUUAUUUUAAACUAUUGUGUUCUAGCUGUCUGCUGAUGCUGGUGAUGUCCCCGAGGCAGGUGGAGAAGAGGUCUCAGAAGGAGAGUACAAAAGAAGACUACUGUGAGUCUAGACCUUCUCACACAAUCUUCUAUUAGUACCAAAACUUAACCUGAGAUUCGACUUCCGCAUAACUAAGACACUCAAUGAAUUAACUCAAUAACUCAAUGAGAGAAUUAAUGUCAAAUAAAUGUUUGUUACAUUCACAGAUCAUAAGGAUUCGGUCCUGUGUUGUGCACAAACAAGAAACCCCACCACACUCAAGGACAAACCAUAAUAUAUCCAUAAUGCUCUGUCUUCCCCAGCCAACUGAUCCAGGACAUGAUCAACAGCGAGGCAGAGUUUGUCAAAGAGAUGGACUUCUUCACCUCCCACCACGUCAAGCAUCUGGAUAGCCCUGACGCCCCAUCUGACGUCACCAGCCAGAAGGAGGCCAUAUUCAGGAACAUCAACGAGAUCAAGGCCUUCCAUAGCGAGUAAGUACAGCUGACUCGUUUUUGGCCUGUUUUUAAACAACUACAACUUUUAAGGAUUAAUGAAGCCUUCAUAAACCCUUUAUAAUGCCUGUAUAGAAAUCACCUAACUGGUUCUAUUGUAUUGAUGUUUUACCAUUAUAUACUACCAUACCGUUAUAUAUAUAUAUAUAAAUAUAUAUAUAUAUAUAUAUAUAUAUAUAUAUAUAUUUAUAUAUAUAUUAUACCAUUAUAUACUAGUAAUGAUUCAAUUUCUCACAAAGCUACUGAAUGAAUUGACCCCAUAAUGUGUGUUGUGCAGGUUCAUGUUCCCUAAGUUGAGCGAGUGCGACACAGAUGACGACGUGGCCAUGCGGUUCCUGAGGAGCGGGGAGGGCUUUGAGAAAUACCUCCAGUACCUUGUAGGCCAGCAAAAGGCAGAGGCCGCUAUCAGUGACAAGACUGUACACCACUUCUUCAAGGCAAGUGAACCCACAAAUACUGUUAACACAAAUGGUCAUAAAUGUGUGUGUUGUCGUCUUUGUUAAUAUGUAUUUUUCACAGAAGUACACAGAUAAACAGCAGGCCAGUGUCGACCCUGCUGAAGGUCCUGUAUUGAGCAUUAAUGCCUACCUACAGAAGCCUCUGGACAGAAUUCAGAAGUACAAGGCCUCACUCAAGGUGAGAGAUCACCCUUUAAUGCUGUAAAUAAGGUAUUAGAUUAGAUAUUUCUUUAUUGUCAGAUUUUCACAGAUAUUUACUUUACGUGCAAAAUGCACUGCGAUAUGGUAAGAGACAUGGCACAGGCCAGACAUAACAUCAAAGGAAUCUUACCCCUCCCUUCCACAUUACAUAGCUGUCCCUUCUAUACUCAAUGUUACACAUCCCCUUAAAGUCCAAGUUCCCUGAGCGUUGCACAUAAUGUUAUUGCACAACCCUAUAGUUUCAAUGUCAAUUAUUAUUUUACACAGUUAGUUAUAUUUCACUUAUCACAUUUCACUAUUGCCCGUUCCUGAAUGAGUUAAUCUAUCCCUGUCAUUUGUUCUUACCAUACAUACACAAAUUCACACAGUAUGAAUGAAUGCACCAGUGCCUGCAUUACCAUGUUUUUAUAAUAUGAAAAUGUACUCAUUAAAAUCUUGUUGGAAUAUUACUGUUAUUAUUCAUCUUAAAUUGUUGUGCCCAUUUCUGUGACUGUAGGAGCUGAUCCGGAACAAGGCCAGGAAUGGUCAGAACUGCUGCCUGCUGGAAGAGGCCUAUGCCAUGGUGUCAUCACUGCCUCAGCGUUCAGAGAACACACACCACGUCUCCAUGAUAGAGAACUACCCUGCCACCCUGGAUGUAUUGGGGGAGCCCAUCAGACAGGUAACUAACCCGGAAAUAAUGUCAGGGGGGUCCUAUUGAGGUCAAAAUACCAAUUUUACAAGACAAACCUGGCCAAAAGGACAGCUCCAGUAAAACCAUAGACUGAAUGAUGCCGAUUGGGAGUUGAAGUCUUUGACUAAGGACUUACAUAUCAGAGCUACUGUAUCAGUUGUGGUCCUCUGUAGCUCAGCUGGUAGAGCACGGCGCUUGUAACGCCAAGGUAGUGGGUUCGAUCCCCGGGACCACCCAUACACAAACAUGUAUGCACGCAUGACUGUAAGUCGCUUUGGAUAAAAGCGUCUGCUAAAUGGCUUAUUAUUAUUAAAUAGUCUAAUUUGGCUGGAGUCGAUAUGUGAUGAGUUGUGAUGUUGUGUUUUGUGACAGGGACCCUUCAUGAUGUGGGAGGGUGCACCUGGGGUAAGGUCCUCCUCCAGAGGCCACCAUCGACACGCAUUCCUCUUCAAAAACUAUGUAAUCAUCUGCAAAUCCAAGAGAGACACCAACACAGACACAGAGGGCUACAUCUUUAAGAACAUGAUGAAGGUAAGAUUCUGUUUAUUGCUCAUUCUGUUAUACUCCAGAUCUCUCAGCAUGGCCAUCCACUGAAGCAAGGCACUAAAGAAUUAGUAAACUCUUAAGUACCAUCUAAUUCCAAUCAGGUAUUCAGGGUUGACAUCGUAAUAUUCUUGCUGGUGGAGAGGAUAUAUCAUCAUUGUCACUCUUCCUAUGACAUAGAAAUAAUUUCCGAACAGAUAAAUGAAGUCAUAAUCAUUUGUCUCGAGGAUGACUACUGUUUAUCUGUCUGUCUUCCUCACUAGCUGAACAACAUAGAUGUGAAUGAGACAGUGGAGGGUGACGACCGGGCCUUUGAGAUCUGGCACGAGCGUGAGGACUCUGUCAAGAAGUACACACUGCAGGCUCGCACCGUAAUCAUCAAGAACUCCUGGCUGCGAGACCUCAGGGACCUGCAGCAGUGCUACACCAUGCCUGCCUGGAGUGAGUCUGACGUACACACAUUUACUCAGAUUAAUGUAUAUUUCCAUGUUAUUUUUACUCUUUAUUUUGAUUUGUUAUUCACUGUGUCACUAUUCAUAUAUUUUUAUUUAUGUUUUAUCUUAUCUUUAACUCUGCAUUGUUGGAAAAGGACCCGUAAGUAAGCAUUUCACUGUUAGUCUACGAAGCAUGUGACAAAUAACAUUUGAUUUGAGAUCCACUGACACACAUUGCACGUGCACACACACAUUCAGUCAGAUCCACCUGACACACGCAGUAGACAAACAGAGAGGCAUAGUUUGACGACACAGCACAUUGUGAUCUAAACUUUACUAUCAAACAAGUAUGUUUUACAUACUAUAAAAUUGCAACCAUUAUUUGACAGGUAAUUGCAUAAAAUAUGUCAUCCCUCCACUCAGGAUUGAUUGCUGUGUAAAUUCAUCCCUCUAUCUGUCCAGGUAUGCCUGACUUUGAUGAGCUUCUGGCUGACUGCUCAGCGGAGCUGGGACAGACUGUGAAACUGGCCUGCAAGGUUACUGGAGUACCCAAACCUGUGGUCACCUGGUACAAGGGUAAGAGACGCACCAGCGAGACCACUGUGCAUACGCGAUAGCUGUGUGUGUGGAGUUUUAGAAUAUCAAUGAACUACAGACAGUAACGUUAGUAAUGUUUGUUUUUCUCUACAUACUGUAGCCACACUGUGUUAAUGUAGAAACAGCUCUAUGUAACUACGUGUUAACACUGUUUCCUCCUCUGAUGACAGAUGGGCAUGCGGUGGAGGCUGACCCUCACCACAUCAUCAUCGAGGACCCUGAUGGUUCCUGCACCCUGAUCCUGGACAACAUGAUAGCUGAUGACUCUGGACAGUACAUGUGCUUCGCCACUAGCACAGCAGGCAAUGCCAGCACUCUGGGGAAGAUCACUGUCCAAGGUCAGUCUCUAUUAGGAUAUGAUACUAACAUUGGGCUUGAACUUGUGAAAGUGGAUAUAGCAGACUACUCAUAAGAAUCAUGGAUAUUCAUCAGAGGAGGCUGGUGGGAAGAGCUAUAGGAUGAUGGGCUCAUUGUAAUGGCUGGAAUGGAAUAAAUGGUUUCCAUAUGUUUGUGUUUGAUAUCGUUUUAUUUAUUCCAGUCUAGCCAUUACAAUGAGCCUAUCUUCCUAUAGCUCCUCCCACCAGUCUCCUCUGAUAUACAGUACAUGUCAGCAGCUUAUAGUGAUGGAUACUUUGCUUGUCCGGGAUGAUCAUUGUUAUUCUUAUGAGAGAAGAACACUAUUUUUAAGAGUAUGUGUGUGUUGUAGUGCCUCCUCGUUUCGUGAACAAGAUGAGGAAUGCUGUCUUUAACAUUGGUGAGGAUGCUCAGUUCUCCUGCACCAUCCAGAGCGCCCCCAGCCCCAAGAUCAGGUAUGCUACACCACACCACACCCCUCUCAUAGGCUCUUCAAACUGACAACUUUUUAGUGAUAUCGGACUGUGGCAUUUGUUUCUUCUUACUGUCGUCAUUAUGUUACCCAUUCUUAAUGGUUAAUAAGUAUACAUAAGAUAAUGAAUAAGUAUUGAAAUAAACAUUUUGAGAGCUCUCAAUAAACUGUUUGGUGUGUUUUCUGGCCAGGUGGUUCAAGGAGGGCAGGCUGCUGACUGACCAGGAGAAGUAUCAGACCUACAGUGAGUCCCGUAGUGGAGUCCUAGUGCUAGUCAUUAAAGGCACUACGGAGAGAGACCUGGGACAUUACGAGUGUGAGGUAGGCCUAUAAUUCACCACCCCUAGUAAUCGACUGAAAUGCACUUUCAAUAGAGAAUCUUAAUUCAGGACUAGGGUUAAUCUGGGUCCAGGAAACCAUUCCAUACAGAUGUAAAACACUGGACUUGCAAGCCACCUCACCGAAAUUGCUGCCAACCUACACUACCGGUCAAAGGUUUUAGAACACCUACUCAUUCAAGGGUUUUUCUUCAUUUUUACUAUUUUCUACAUUGUAGAAUAAUAGUGAAGACAUCAAAACUAUGAACUAACACAUAUGCAAUCAUGUAGUAACCAAGUAAGUGUUAAACAAAUCAAAAUAUAUUUUAUAUUUGAGAUUCUUCAAAUAGCCACCCUUUGCCUUGAUGACAGCUUUGCACACUCUUGGCAUUCUCUCAACCAGCUUCAUGAGGUAGUCACUUGGAAUGCAUUUAAUUUCUAUUAACAGGUGUGCCUCCUUAAAAGUUAAUUGUGGGUAUACAGAAGAUAGCCCUAUUUGGUAAAAGACCAAGUCCAUAUUAUGGCAAUAACAGCUCAAAUAAGCAAAGAGAAACGACAGUCCAUCAUUACUUUAAGUCAUGGUCAAUACGGAACAUGUCAAGAACUUUGAAAGUUUCUUCAAGUGCAGUCGCAAAAACCAUCAAGCGCUAUGGUGAAACUGGUUCUCAUGAGGACCGCCACAGGAAUGGAAGACCCAGAGUUACCUCUGCUGCAGAGGAAAGGUUCAUUAGAGUUACCAGCCUCAGAAAUUGCAGCCCAAAUAAAUGCUUCACAGAGUUCAAGUAACAGACACAUCUCAACAUCAACUGUUCAGAGGAGACUGUGUGAAUCAGGCAUGUCAUGGUCGAAUUGCUGCAAAGAAACCACUACUAAAGGACACCAAUAAGAAGAAGAGACCUGCUUGGGCCAAGAAACACAAACAAUGGACAUUAGACCGGUGGAAAUGUGUCCUUUUAGUCUUGAGUCCAAAUUUGAGAUUUUUGGUUCCAUCCACCAUGUCUUUGUGAGAUGCGGUGUGGGUGAACGGAUGAUCUCCGCAUGUGUAUUUCCCACCGUAAAGCAUGGAGGAGGAGGUGUUAUGGUGUGGGGGUGCUUUGCUGGUGACACUGUCUGUGAUUUAUUUAGAAUUCAAGGCACACUUAACCAGCAUGGCUACCACAGCAUUCUGCAGUGAUACGCCAUCCCAUCUGGUUUGGGCUUAGUGGGACUAUCAUUUGUUUUUCAACAGGACAAUGACCCAACACACCUCCAGGCUGUGUAAGGGCUAUUUCACCAGGAAGGAACGUGAUGGAGUGCUGCAUCAGAUGACCUGGCCUCCACAAUCCCCUGACCUCAACCCAGUUGAGAUGGUUUGGGAUGAGUCGGACCGCAGAGUGAAGGAAAAGCAGCCAACAGGUGCUCAGCAUAUGUGGGAACUCCUUCAAGACUGUUGGAAAAGCAUUCCAGGUGAAGCUGGUUGAGAGAAUGCCAAGAGUGUGCAAAGCUGUCAUCAAGGCAAAGGGUGGCUAUUUGAAGAAUCUCAAAUAUAAAAUAUAUUCUGAUUUUUUUAACACUGUUUUGAUUACUACAUGAUUCCAUAUGUGUUAUUUCAUAGUUUUGAAGUAUUCGCUAUUAUUCAACAAUGUAGAAAAUAGUAAAAAUUAAGAAAAACCCUUGAAUGAGUAGGUGUUCUAAAACAUUUGACCGGUAGUGUAAGUGUAUCACUUGUGAAUUAUCAAUAUAAAUGAAAACCAUAGAGAUAAAUAUUAGUAGUAACAAGUAACAGUGGUUACAUGCUUUGGAUGUUUUGCAUCCAAUGCUUUACUCUUUCUAAAGAGGAUUGUUUUCAUGAGAAAUUACUGUGAUAAUUACAAACCCUAAUGUAUUCUCCCCCCUGCCCAUCCCAGUUGUCCAAUCGACUGGGUAGUGCUAAAUGUGCAGCUGAUCUGUGCCUUCCUUCUGCUGUGGCUAGAAGAGGAGAGCAGGCGAUCACCAUCGAAGGUAGGAAUGCUCCCUUUCAUACAGAUACCGUUGUGCAUUAGUUUAAUAAUUGUCCUAUUUUACCAGGUACUUCAAAUGUAGAGAAUGUAUGCUUUUAUUUCCAUAAGCCACAAUAAUUUAAGGAAAAAGAUUAACCAUCAGUUCAUCAACAAUUUAGAUUCUGUCGUCUUUUGUCUUAAACAUUAGCUAGCAAUUGAUUUAUCUGGCUAACUGUAUAAGCUCCAUCCUGCUUUCCUUGUAGUCACCGAGCAGGAGACUAAAAUACCAAAGAAAACCAUCAUCAUGUAAGUGUGACCAGCUUAUGAUGCAGGCUAGAAGAAGCAUGUAUACUUGUGCGUGUCCCCCUUCGGCCUCUGCAUACAUUGCCAUGCAGUAUUUGAACCCUGAGUGUGAGAGGGACUCAACCCCAAAUAUAACUUCCAAGGAGCCGGCAUAUUGAAUGCAUAAGGAAUGGCCAUUAAUCUUUUUUGUGUAUGCACAUUUUCCUUAACUCAUGUACCAUCGCAGACAAAGCCUCUCAUGACAUGUUUGUAUGAGUAGACAAGACUCCAUUUUGCUCUGUGUGUGUGUGUGUGUGUGUGUGUGUGUGUGUGUGUGUGUGUGUGUACACGCUAAUUAACACCUUGCCUAUGUAGGCCUAGUGUGAAAACAGCAUGCCAACAAGCUGUUCUGUCCCUCUCAUACCCUCUCUGCUGUCUCUCUCAUACCCUCUGUGCUAUUCCUCUCAUACCUCCUGGUCUGUCCCUCUCUCACACCCUCUGUGCUGUGUCCCCUCCCAGAGAGGAGACCAUAACCACGGUGGUGAAGAACACCCGCAUGAAGCGUCGCGGCCUGUCUCCAUCUGGGUUCAACCGCUCCCAAACCUCCACCCCAGAUCUCCCCAACACCCCCACGGUCAGGCAGAGGAGGCAGGCUUCCGCCAACAGGAAGACCACCAUCCCCACCCUGUACGUCACGGAGCCCGAGGGGGCCGUAGGGGCCCGGGCUGCGGAGAACAAGUGGGUGGAGGUAGAGGAAAUCAUAGAGUACAAGGUCAACAAGUCGCCCAGGCUAUCCAGCAGAGGGGUCUCCCAAGCCGGGUCGGAGCAGUCACACACCCCCUCCUCCACCCGGCCACGGAGAUCCCCAAACCCCAACGCCAACAACUCCAACAACAAGCUGGUAGAGCUGCAGAAUCUCUCCGAGCUGCAGGGGGCACAGCCUCUGUCCUGGGACGAUGAGGAGGAGGAUGAUGACGUGGCUGUGGAUGGGUCCGAGGUCGCCAGUGGAUUCAGUGGAAAGGCCUACGAGGUCUCCUCUGUUCUAAUCCCUAACGACCAUGAACAUGAAGAGGAUGAGGCCUGGCUAGAGGAGCAGCAAGAGGCCUUCAUCACAGAACCGGAUGAUGACGACGACAACACACUCAGGAAGCUGGACCCUAAGAUCCUGACCCAGGGCGGUCACGUUCUCACCCUGGAGGACCUGGAGGACUAUGUUCCCAGGGAGGGGGAGACCUACGGCUCCACCAACACCCGCUCGUCACCUGUCGAGAGGCCCUGUGAGAUCUCAGUGCUCCAGAGGGAGAUUGGGGGCUCUGCUGUGGGCCAGCCGGUGCUGUUCAACGUGGGGAGGCCUGUGGUGCUGCCUAGGGAGAGGCCCAGGCCUGGCUUCUUCAGUCGCUUUAGAGAGCACUUCUCAGGAAGCCUGUUCUCCCCGGCCGCCCCCCACCACAACCACCACCCCAGCGGAGGCCAGUCCAGUAGGGAGAUUCCCAUCCAGGUCAGCCACGCCAAGUUAGAGGUCAAGCCGUUGUACUGCUCUGAGGUACAGAGAGUGGAGGGAGGGCAGCAGAGCUACAAAACCAAGGUCUACACGUCAGUGGGCAAGCCAGUCACUCUUCAGAUUAGCAAGAAUAACCCAUAUCAAAACCAA